AGGCCUUUCGGUGUACCUUGGUUUAUGAAACGACAGAAAUACACGGUUCACAAGGACAAUUUAGUCAGCAUAUACUUGAUUGUUGUUUUCGGCAUCAGACAGUUUGGUUUCGGCUCAGUAGCUGAUUGGAAGUUUACUUGAGAUGGGAUGCCAAUUGAUAUUCAUGAUGGCCCUGAUAUUGGCAGCUGCCAAUGUAGUAUCACCUUCGGAUAGUUCCGGAGCGACUAUUGUUCGAAAGGAAUUUGUGAGAACAGAAGACGGCUAUACAUUCGAAUUUGAAACAAGCGAUGGUCAGAAAAGACGUGAAGAAGGUAAACUGGUAACCGAUGAUGCCGGAAAUCAAUACAUGAAGGUUCAAGGAUCAUUUAGUUACACAGCACCCGAUGGGAAAAUCAUCAACGCGAUUUAUGAGGCUGACAAGGAUGGAUAUAAGUUAACACCGGCUGUAGAAUUACCAAAACCGCUUGGAAUUCCAAGCAGUGCCUUACUUUCCUUAGUCGGUUGAUUACACUAAUUUAUUAUACAAAGCACACAAUAAAGCAAUACAACAAAUUCCA